CAAUCUUUUAGCUCUGCCAGGGACAGAGCUGCAGUGUCAUCUCAGGCGUGCCCAGCUAGGCACAAGAGGCCCAAGUUUGUAUGCUGCAUGUGAAUCAUAACGUGGCAGACUUGUUCAGUCUGUGAGGGUGGGGAGACUUCGCUCACACAGACUCUUGGUACCGUUAUUAUUAACAGGCGAGCCAGUUUGUGCAGAUGAUAUGUCCAGUACAGAGGAGGAAGGAGAAAACUCCAAAGGAGGGAGGGAGAUUCCGGAGCCUAGUCCCUCUUCGCCAGAUAAUGGAGGAUUUAUAUCCCUAGAAGACUUGGGAGCAAGAUUUCAGUUUUGUAUUGCUGCUGUAGAGGAACUGGAAAGGGAACGUGAUGAACUCAUAAGUGAACUCACCUUGUUACGGGAUCCUUCUUUAGAGGCUGUACAGAGGGCACAUGAGGAAGUAGUCCAGGCCUUUGGACAACGUGCCCGUGUCGAGCUUGAGAGGGACACUCUAAGGGAAGAAAUAAAGGGAAUACGCUGUAGGCUCUUCCGUGUAACCAAGGAAUGUGUGGCAUGUCAAUACCAACUUGAAAAUCGCAGACAAGGGCUAGCUCAGAGUAAAGCAGAAAGAGAAGAGCUAGAGGUUCUUGCAGCCCGCUUGACAGAGGAGCUUACUCAACUCCGGGACACCUUUACUCAGCAAAGAGAAGGAGAAGAGCUUCGCCUUAGAGCUCCACACACCAGGCGGGUCUCACGUGAAAUCCAAGAGAGAAGGAGACUGUCUGCAGAUCUGCAAGAUUUGACGGAGGAACAACACAAUUCUUUGCAAGAUGAGUAUGGACCUAAACUGCUACAACUGUUGGAGCGUGUUGAAAGGGGAGCACAAGCUGUCAAAGAUAAACAGGAAGAAUUGGUGAGAAUGAGAGAACAGAUCAGACCACUGCAAGGGGAAGCAUGUUAUCUGCAGGCACAGAAAUACAACCUACAGGAGCAAAUUAUUCUUAUGAAAAAGAAGCGGGGAGAAGAAGCACUGCUCUAUAGGGAACAGCUGCAAGAUCUGGAAGAUAGAAGAAGAGAGAUAAAAAUUUCAGUCCAGCUGCAAGAACAUCAGAACAAAGAACUUGAAGAGCUGCGCAAAAGUCUCGCAAAGGAAUUAGCAGUCUACAAGUAUGUUCCAUCCAGCCAAGGAAUCAUAGGGGAUAUCUUGAACUAUAUGGACAGAUUUUCAAAUCUGUGACAAAAAAGGAAUGACUGCCAUCCAACCAAGCGGACAUGCUUAAAAUAAUCAAUUCAGGAUUGAAGACUGAAGCAGAAUAUGUGAAGAAGGUACUUUCUCUGAAAUAGCUGCCACAAAAAGGCACAUCACCAGUAAGGAGAAAAACCAAAUGAGGGAUUACAUUUUGGGAACUUGUUUUGUCAAUUGAACAGUAAAGUGCACCAGGGAGGAAUAGUUAUAUCCUACAGCGAUAUCUGGUUUUCAAAUUUUA